AUGGCGAUACUCACUGACGAUGUCAACGACGAUGCCGGCGAAACGUUUGGGAAUGUACCACGUCCACGGUUCAACUUUGGAAAUGAUCAUGCAGACAACGGACCCCGGACUAGAAUUUUUGGCUCUUAUGAUGCUUGUCGUGGCGGAAUGGAUCGGCUCGCAGGACGGUAA